AUGAUCCUAUGGCGCCCUAUGACGCUGGCCAGGCACGCGGUGCGUCGCACGGCCGCAGUCCAGGCCAUACCGGCACUUCCUCGACAAUGCACGCCUGUAUUCGCGGUGCGUGCAUUUAGCGCGUCUGCGAACGGACCGGGCGGUCAGUCUUCACCGCCGCGCGGAACGCCACCCGGGCCUGCUGGCCCCUUCAACUUACCUGCGGCCGUGCUGUUCAUUGCCACGGGCGUGGGCUUGUACUACUACUUCAGGCACGAAAAGGCCCGGCUUGCUGAAGCGAAGAAACAGCAGCUGGAAAGGGAGCAGCAGUCUGUAGGGCGCCCCCGCAUCGGCGGUCCGUUCGACCUCGUGUCGUCGACGGGCCAUCCGUUCACUAACGAAGAUCUGCUGGGAAGCUUCAGUCUGAUCUACUUUGGCUUUACAAACUGCCCUGACAUUUGUCCAGAGGAACUCGAUAAAAUGUCCACUGUCGUCGACGACGUGGCGCGCGAGCACGGCCAUGUGAUUAACCCUGUGUUUGUGACGUGUGAUCCGGCGCGCGACCGCGUGCCGGUUGUCGCUGAGUACAUUGCCGAUUUCCAUCCCCGCAUGGUCGGUCUUACGGGCUCGUACGAUGAUAUCAAGAAGGCAUGCAAGGGCUACCGUGUGUACUUUAGCACACCGCCAGGCGCAGAUCCUACGAGCGACUAUCUCGUGGACCACUCGAUCUUUUUCUAUCUUAUGGACCCUGAGGGCCGUUUUGUCGAUGCGUUCGGCAAGGCCUCGACGGCGGAGGACGUGCGCGAAAAGGUGCUUGACUAUGUCGCUCGCUGGAAGCAGUCAGGUCUGCCUCUCAGCGAGGCGAACGCCAAGGUCAAGGCUGCCAGCGACGGACGCCCGCUCAGCACGAAGAAGGAGCUGUUCUCGGAGCCAAGCACCCUGCCAUCAAUUCCACCGGCCGUGCAGCCUGCCGCCGAGGAGCGACUUGUCUAG